GCCAUGGAGCCCGAGAACAUCGUGGCCAACACGCAGCUGCUGAGAGCGCGCCAAGGAGGAUAUGGCAAAAAGAGUGGGCGUAGUAAAAAGUGGAGGGAGAUGCUGAAGCUGCCUCCUGUCAGCCAGUGCAGCGAGCUUAGACAUCGCAUUGAAAAGGAUUAUAGCAGUCUUUGUGACAAGCAGCCAAUAGGAAGACUUCUCUUCAGGCAAUUCUGUGAUGUAAAGCCUAAUCUAAAGAGGCACAUUGAAUUCUUAGAUGCAGUGGCAGAAUAUGAAGUUGCUUAUGAUGAGGACCGAAGUGAUUGUGGACUGUCAAUCUUAGAUAGAUUUUUUAAUAAUGAGUCAGCAACCCUUUUACCAGAAAUAUCUCCAGUUGAUGUGAGAGAAUGUAGAUUGAGACUAAAGCAGAAGCCUUCCAAAAAAGUCUUUGAGGAUUGCACUAGGAUUGUCCAUAACUAUCUAAAAGGGAAACCAUUUGAAGAUUACCAAGAAAGCUCAUAUUUUUCUCAGUUUUUACAGUGGAAAUGGCUGGAGAGGCAACCAGUAACAAAGAACACGUUUAGACAUUACAGAGUUCUAGGAAAAGGCGGAUUUGGAGAGGUGUAUGCCUGUCAAGUGCGAGCCACAGGAAAAAUGUAUGCAUGUAAAAAGCUAGAAAAAAAAAGGAUAAAGAGGAGGCAAGGUGAAGCUUUGGCUCUAAAUGAAAAAAAUCUCCUAGAAAAGUUACAUAGUAGAUUUGUAGUUACUUUAGCCUACACUUAUGAAACCAAAGAUGCCUUGUGCUUGGUGCUCACCAUUAUGAAUGGAGGGGAUUUGAAGUUUCACAUUUACAACCUGGGCAAUCCUGGUUUUGAUGAGCAGAGGGCUGUUUUCUAUGCUGCAGAAGUGUGCUGUGGCUUGGAGGAUUUACAAAGGGAAAGAAUUGUAUACAGAGACUUAAAACCUGAGAAUAUUCUCCUCGAUGACCAUGGACAUAUCCGGAUUUCAGACCUGGGUUUAGCUGUGGAGAUCCCAGAAGGACAGACUGUUCGAGGAAGAGUCGGAACACUUGGCUACAUGGCUCCUGAAGUUAUCAAUAAUGAAAACUAUACAUUUAGUCCUGAUUGGUGGGGACUUGGCUGUCUGAUAUAUGAAAUGAUUCAGGGACAUUCUCCAUUCAGAAAAUUCAAAGAGAAAGUCAGUCGGGAGGAGGUUGAUCGAAGAAUCAAGAAGGAUACUGAGGAGUAUUCUGAGAAGUUUUCAGAGGACGCCAAAUCUAUCUGCAGGAUGUUACUCACCAAGAAUCCGAAUGAGCGGCUGGGCUGCAGGGGUGAGGGAGCAGCUGGAGUGAAACAACACCCUGUGUUCAAGGGCAUCAACUUCAGGAGGCUGGAGGCAAACAUGUUGGAGCCCCCUUUCUGUCCUGACCCUGCUACAGUUUACUGUAAAGAUAUCUUCGAUAUUAAGCAGUUCUCCACGGUGAAAGGAGUCUACCUGGACACUACAGACAAUGACUUCUAUGCUCAGUUUGUUACAGGGUGUGUCUCCAUCCCCUGGCAGAAUGAGAUGAUUGAAUCUGGAUGUUUCAAAGAUAUCAACGAAAAUGAGGAAAACGUGCCAUUAGAUCAAAAAGAGAAAAUACGUGGCUCGGUUACCAGACCAAAGAGAGGCUUCUUCUGUAGACUCUUCAGAAGAGGGGGCUGCCUGGCCACCAGCCCCAGUGAGAAGGAAGGGGAGCCCAUGCGCUGCUGACUGUCUCAGGCAGGGUGUGCAGACGGUGGAGCAGACCUUGUGCCAGGAGGAAGUGCUGCUCAGCGUCUCAUCCUGACUAGGAAUUGUAAUAAACAUGACAAUCUAAAA